UCACCGUCCAUUGCUCAUCACUCUCUGUUAACAUUUAUCAAAUCAUCAAUUAUAUUUCUAUAAAAACCUAAAUUCGAAGUUCCGAAAACGCAUCAACAAUGGCGUCCAGGUAUUGGGUGGCGUCUCUCCCCGUUCCCAACUCUGCUUCUUCUCUCUGGAGUCGCUUGCAAGAAUCGAUCUCCAAGCAAGCCUUCGAUACUCAUCUCUACAGGUUCAAUAUUCCAAAUCUUCGUGUUGGAACCUUGGAUUCGCUCUUAGCUCUCAGCGAUGACCUUUUGAAGUCGAAUUCGUUCAUCGAAGGAGUGUCGCACAAGAUACGGCGUCAGAUAGAGGAGAUGGAGAGGGUUUCGGGCGUGGUCAGUAGUUCAUUGACGGUUGAUGGCGUUCCUGUUGAUUCAUAUCUGACUAGAUUUGUGUGGGAUGAGGCCAAGUACCCAACUAUGUCGCCUCUCAAAGAGAUCGUUGAUGGAAUUCAUGUUCAGAUCGCCAAGAUUGAAGACGAUUUUAAGGUUCGUGUUGCUGAGUAUAACAAUGUGCGCAGUCAACUUAAUGCCAUAAAUAGAAAGCAGAGUGGGAGCUUGGCUGUUCGUGAUCUGUCCAAUUUAGUGAAGCCACAAGAUAUCAUUGCGUCAGAACAUUUAGCAACCCUCCUUGCUGUUGUUCCUAAAUAUUCACAGAAGGAUUGGUUGUCAAGCUAUGAGACACUCACCGCAUAUGUGGUACCCAGAUCUUCCAAGAAACUAUUUGAGGACAAUGAAUAUGCUCUUUACACUGUAACACUGUUCAUUCGUGAUGCUGACAACUUUAGAACUAAAGCGCGCGAUAGAGGUUUUCAAAUUCGUGAUUUUGAAUAUAAUCUAGAAACACAAGAAGGUCGGAAGCAGGAGCUAGAAAAGCUGAUGCAAGAUCAAGAAACACUCAGAAGCUCUCUUUUGCAAUGGUGCUAUGCCAGUUAUGGGGAGGUUUUCAGUUCGUGGAUGCACUUCUGUGCAGUACGUUUAUUUGCGGAGAGCAUUCUGAGAUAUGGCCUGCCACCAUCUUUCUUGUCAGUUGUAUUGGCACCUUCUGUGAAAAGUGAGAAGAAAGUACGUGCCAUCCUAGAGCAACUGUGUGACAGUGGAAACAGUGCAUUCUGGAAAUCUGAAGACGAUGGAGGGGUGGGUGGUCUUGGAGGCGAUGCUGAUGCUCAUCCUUAUGUCUCCUUCACCAUAAAUCUCAUUUGAGGUAAUAUUCCAAUGUCACUAUCCAAAUACCUAGUUGGAUCACAUCAGUCUGCUAUAAUAAGAACAUAUAUGGAGACUGUAUAAUAGGAGAACUAAUCAUUCUUUUGUGCUUAAUUUAAUGUAAUUGCCUGUGGGAUUUCGCUUUGAAAGAUUAAUGUUGUUUCCUUUCCUUUCAAAAAAAGAAAAAAGAAAAGAAAAGAAUUGUUCUUGGAGUUUUAAUUUAUGUAUGUGUAGAAGCAUUUUGAGUUGAAUAAAAGAGUUUGUUUGUAAGGUUCAAACAUUGGAGUGUGGGAGAGUAAUUGUUAUAAUUAGCAGAAUUUAUUGCUGUUUGGCGUA